AUGACAACAGAGCUACCUCAUGGAGCUGGUGUGAGGUUAGAUGAGGGAAUAAACAUAACGGCCUCAGAACGGUGCCUGGCCCACAGCGCACAUCAAGUACCUACUAUCACUUAUUACGAGUCCCUUACACCUGGCAUUUACUGUUCGCAAUGCCACCCAGAGGAAUGGGUUGGCAUUCCAGGGAGGAGGCACCUGAGUGACCAGUCUCAGGUCACGUGGCUGCCUCCUGGCCACCAGCGGAAGGAUUGGCUGAUGGAGCUUCCUGGGACCCUGUUGACUUACAUAGUGCGAAGAUGUCUGCUUGGGUUCAUCAUCAUCCCCCCAAGACAGUAUCCACUUCUUCAGCUGAUUCCUCCUCAGCUGCCAUCUCCUGUUCCUGACUUUGAAGCUCCUCAUCUGCCAAAAGAAUCCCAAGUGGUGUUUGUGUCUAGACCAGAGCUGGAGGGUCUGUCUACCCCUGAGAAGACAGUUACUGUGUUUAUGGUAACCUGUCUGUGUGCCCAGUUUGAGGCCGUCCUGCAGCAUGGCGUGAAGAGGAGUCGAGGAUUAGCACUAACAGCAGCUGCGAUCAAACAGGCAGCAGGCUUCUCCAGCAAAACCGAAACAGAGCCCGUGUUCUGGUUCUAUGUGAAGGAGGUCCUCAGCAAGCAUGAGCUGCAGCGCUUCUACGCCUUGCGCCACAUCGCCUCGGACGUGGGCCGCGGCCGCGCCUGGCUGCGCUGCGCCCUCAACGAACACUCCCUGGAGCGCUACCUACACAUGCUCCUGGCCGACCACAGCAGGCUCAGCACUUUUUAUGAAGACUGGGCUUUUGUGAUGGAUGAAGAAAGGUCUAGCAUGCUUCCUACCAUGGCAGCUGGUCUGAACUCCAUACUCUUCGCGAUUAACAUCGACAACAAGGAUUUAAACGGGCAGAGUAAGUUUGCUCCCACCGUCUCGGACCUCUUGAAGGAAUCCACGCAGAAUGUGACAUCCUUGCUGAAGGAAUCCACUCAAGGAGUGAGCAGCCUUUUCAGGGAGAUCACGGCAUCCUCGGCCGUCUCCAUCCUCAUCAGGCCUGAGCAGGAGACCGACCCCCUGCCCGUCGUGUCCAAGCACAUCAGUGCCGAUGCCAAAUGUAAAAGGGAGAGGAAGAAGAAAAAGAAGGUGACUAACAUCAUCUCGUUUGAUGACGAGGAAGACGAGCAGAGCUCCGGGGAUGUUUUUAAGAAGAUCCCUGGGGCGGGGGAAAGCUCAGAGGAGAACUCUGACCGCUCCUCGGUCAAUGUCAUGACGGCCUUUGAAAGCCCCUUUGGGCCAAAUUCCAACGGAAGUCAGAGCAGCAACUCAUGGAAAGUCGAUUCUCUUUCUUUGAAUGGGGAGUUUGGGUACCAGAAGCUGGAUGUGAAAAGCAUCGAUGAUGAAGACGUGGAUGAGAAUGAGGACGACGUGUACGGGAGCACACCUGGAAAGAAGUGCCCGGGCCACUCGGACUCGCCGGAGAAGCCGCCAGACGGGGCUGCUUGCCUCUCCCAGAUGCACAGCUGGGCUCCGCUGCAUGUGCUGCACGGCGACGCCGACGUGCUCUUCCCGGUCAGUGGCGUGGGCUCCUACGGCCCUGCAGAGCCUGGAGUCAAACGCCGAGAGCCAGUGCCUUCACCACUAUACUGCGUUGUCUCCUAUGGCCCUCAAAAGCCUGGAAUGGAGCCAUAA